AUGGAACAUCCAGCAUUUACAUUAUCAGGUCUUUGUGCCGUUGGUGGUUUAAUGGGUUAUUUUCGUAAAGGUUCAUUACCAUCAUUAGUUGCAGGUUUAGCAGUUUCAACAUUAUAUGGAUAUUCAGGAUAUUUAUUAAAAAAUAAUUCAAAUUAUGGAUUAGAAUUAGCUGUUGGAACAAGUUCAUUAUUAUUUAUUGCUGGAUUAUCAAGAGCUAUUCCUACUGGAUUUCAAAAACCUAUUCCUUUAUUAUUAUUAGUUUUAGGUGGUGUUUCUACUGGUUAUUAUUUAAAAAAAUAUAAUGAAUUUUAUCCAUUUUUAUCAUAA